UUGUACAGCUUUUUACCUUCGCAUUCUCAUUUGUCAACAAAAAAGGCGGAGGAAGCAGGUAAAGUGACCGGUAGAUAGGCCGAAAAGCCAAGCAAAAAGCUCCCAAGAAAGCUGAAGCCACAGAGAGAGAGAGAGAGAGAGAGAGAGAGAGAGAGAGAGACAGCAGCAACAGCAAUGGCAGUCUCAUACAAUCUCACCAAUUUCGCAUCCGUUUCUCUAAAUUCAGCUCGCAUUCUUUCUUCUGCAAACAAGUCAUCCAUUUGCUCUCUUCCCUUCAGCAAUAAUAACAGUCCGGGAGGCAGCUUGAGCACCAGCCUUUCCAGCGUCCAUGGCAGCUCGAGACGAUGGAGACCCAUGUCGGUUCAGGCCAUGGCUUCCUCCUCCUUCGGGUCUCGGCUCGAAGAGAGCGUUAAGAAGACGGUGGAUGAGAACCCAGUUGCCGUCUAUUCCAAAACUUGGUGUUCAUACUCGUCUGAGGUGAAAACGUUGUUCAAAAGGCUUGGCGUGGAGCCGAUCGUGAUUGAAUUGGAUGAACUGGGUCCCCAAGGGCCACAGCUACAAAAGGUAUUGGAGCGGCUUACAGGACAACAUACUGUCCCAAAUGUUUUUAUUGGUGGGAAACACAUUGGUGGUUGUACAGACACUGUGAAGUUAUACCGAACAGGUGAACUCGAAACUUUACUCUCAGAAGCGAGUGCUAAAAAUACACAAAGCUAAGCUCGACAGCCCAGCGUGCAUUCACUUACAGAGCCUGAUCUCCUCGCAGUCUGAUUAUUCGAAAGAAAAAGACGCUCAAUUUCUACCUCGACAAAUUUCAUUGAUCAGAGAAAGUACACUGUGAAUGCAAAUUCAUUUUCAUAAUACCUUUAUGAUUCGACAGUUAAUGAAGGGUUUUUGAAGAUUACACAAGCUGUUGCAUUUUUUAUAUAUCUGAUAUGACUCCUUACUCUUGAACCUUUAUUCGUGUUUGGUUCAUGUAUAUAUAUUAAGAGACUUGGAUAUCAAGAA